AAAUAAAUUAUGCAUAAUUUAAGCCUAUCGGAAAUACUUAACAUAAUACAUCAAGUGCAAUUUUAUUUAAGCACUUAAUAAUAUAUUUCAUUGUUAGCAGAUAAUUGAUCAACAACGAUAUUUGCAAGGUUAAAGAAGAAAAACUCCUUCAAUUGGUUCAUUUAGGAAUAGGUGAUUAAACUGCAUUACGUAGGCCUAUCAUCGUUUUCAUAUAAACAUAAUUGCGUAGUUUAAAAACGAGAUACUGCUAAAUAUUGUAUACCGUUACUAUUGAGAAAAUGGCGUCGUGUUUCGAUUGCACAUAGCACUGCUAUUGUGUUUGAUAGGUAAUCAAUAGUGUGUCCGUAUCCCAUGACAAUCAACGCUUUACCUUAGCUCACCUGGAUGUUAUUCGUCACGGCUCGGUUGCCUCAACAUACUUAAUUAAACCAUAGGGAACAAACGGUUGAUGAAAUGUUACCAAAAUACAGAUAUUCUCGUCGGCCAUGCAAGCGGUUGAAGAUACAUUUUCUCGGAGAAUUGUUGCCACGAUGCUACAAUAGUGUCUGCUAUAUAUUUGUCGUUAUACUGUUGAAAUGGGUAGGGUUAGCGCAUAGCGUAGACUACGGACUGCAGGUCUCGCCAGACAGCAUCAAUCUAGCAGAAGAAGAUACCUUAUACCUAAAGUGUUCAUGUACUGUGUCAAAUCAGAACAAUUACCUUUUAGCAUGGAAUUUUGAAGACAUUUCAGCUGUUGAAAGAGGGGACAUUCCCCGAGAAUGGCUAGUAUUUGGCGGCUACCAAUCGGGGGAAUAUUUUUUGAGAAUACCAUAUAUUAAUGUCAAUAAUGCUGGGACAUAUGAAUGCACAUUACUUGACGAUGCCCAAAAUGUUAUUGACAGUGCCAGUGUAUUAGUUAGUGUUAUUCCAAUUGUUGCCAGUGAUUUUCCAACAUGUUUAUUAAGCAGAACAGGAACACUUUCAGUUGACAUGGAAUUAGAUGUAGUUUGUGUAUUUAAGCAAGUUUCUCUAGCAGGUGAACAGGUAGAGCUGAAAAGGAAAACUGCUACAGGCCUAGAAACUCUAGCCGUCAGUUCACCAACAUACACUUCAAGUGAGUUUACAAUAAAUAUCAAAACGCGGCUGUUUUUAGAAAGGGAGCACCACAAAGCAGAAUUUAUAUGUCUGGCGUCAGAGGGAAACUUAGAACACCUGACAUCAUGCUCAUUUCAGCCUUUAAAAGUUACAUUCAGACCAGAUAUAGUACUAGAGCCGAUUUUUGUUAGAGUACCUCAAGAUAGCACUGAACCAUUGCGAUUCACAUGUACAGUCCUGGAUGCAUACCCAGUCGAAGUAAAAAUCACUUGGUUCUUGGGUGACGACAUGAUUGGUUCAAGUUCAGAUCGAGUUACCCAAAGAAAAAAUUCAAAUUUUUCAUAUGAACUAAUUAUAUAUCGUACAAUUAGUACAGAUAACGGCGCUAAUGUCUUCUGCGAGAUCGAAAAUGAGAUCGGAUUGUCAGUUGCAACUGGAAAGAUUAAGUUUGCAGUCGAAGAAGAAAUAACUUCUGUUGAAUCUUUAACUAGCGUUUGGUAUUUGAUUAUAAUUAUAGGAUGUGUUACAUUAGGAUGUAUUUUUUUAUUUAUAAUGUGUAAUCUUUACUUUAAAAUGCAACGUGAAAAGAGCGGACAAUAUGCCGAUAGGAGUACUCCUUCUCGGCAACAAAUAUCUACAGUUGAUAGACCUUACUCCCAGCGAAAUUCGACUGUCACAAGCCGCUCAAAUGGUAGCAGCUACAUCACAAGAGCGAUUCGUAGUGAACUCAGAGAAACUCCGUCUUCCAUUCCUAAACACCGAUGGUCCAGCGAAAGUGUUCACCCGUUAACUGAUAGUGGACACUCCACACUAAUGCAAAGCCCAGAAAACCUACCAAACACUUCAACCAUCUCUCGUAGCAGAUCUGCAACUCCGCGAAGUAGCACAAGUCAACAGAGUCACGGUUCUAGGCAUGUAAGCAGAAAACCAAAGCAAAUGGAUGUACUUAGACAACAUAAACGUCACAAUUAUAAAAACAAUCCCGCCGAAAAUGCUGGAACACGUGCACUGUCACCAAACCAACGUCAGCAUCACAAAAGAGGCAAGCGCGGAGAACCAACUACAAAUAGGCCCACGAACAAGAACAUCUCAGAAAGUGAACAACAAAAACUAUACAAGAAAAAGAAAACACGAAGAGAAAGAGACAGGAUAAGGAACAAAACUACCAGAGAAGCAGUUACGGCAUCAACAUUAUAUGCAGACCUAGAUUUUAGUAGUCAGUCAACCAAUACUGGCCUGCAUGCACCACCUAAUAGAACAGGAACAGGUGAGAGAGAGAGGACCGGUCAUAGAUCAAUACCUAGAGAAACUGUGUCAGAAACUUCAGCAAAUGCACUACCAACUCCUCGAUCUUCGUCUAGCACUAUUGUCUAUGCAGAAAUAAACCCGUGCAGUCCAAGAAACGAGGAACCAUUAAUUCGCAAUGACAAUGAACCUCAUGGAAUAGAUCAUGUGGUUGAGAUCGAUGAAAACUGACUGCUCCAAAAAAAUUGAUGCUUCUAAGUUGGUUAAUAUGACUUCUGUUGGAAAUCCAAUUGUAUGCAAUUGAUUUCACAGUCUAUUACAUGCGGGUAUAGCACUAGUGCGCUGCGCUCGACGCACACGUUAAACAGAGAUCAGUGAUGCGCUCUCGUUACGAGUUUUAAAUAAGACAGGCAGGAUAUUUAAAGAAUUAUUUUUAUAUAAAAAAUGUUACACAGAAAGAGAUUAAGUCGAAUUCAUAUUGCUGUACGUACAUAUUUAUUGUAAACGGCUUUAGCCAAUCGGAACAUUGGGAUUUCGUUAAAAAUCCCGAUUGGAUACAAGUGCACACUCUUUUACACAUGCACUAAUGGAAAAGCACUAGUUGUUGUUGAGCGAAAACGAAUUUCAUGUUUCGUUGGUUUAAUCGUUUAUUUACUUGCUCAAUAUUCAACAAAAUUAUAAAAUAGAAAAGUCGGUCAGGGGAAACAAAUAAACCGAUGAAAGCCCCUUAUACCGUAUACCGGUCCGAGUCGAUAGGUUCAAAAGGGCAUAUGUAAGCUCAGUUAGACACAACCCUACAACGAAAUAAAAAUACUUUACUAAUAAACCUAUCAUGUUUUCUGUCAGUGUCCAGGCCUAUAAAACUCAAUGGUUAAAGCAUCAUCGAGGAGAACUAUGAGAUCAGCCUUGUUAAUUGUUAACUUUUAUGUCAGGGGUGGCGCCAGGAUUUGCCCAAAGGAUGUCUGAUGUCCCUGACGCGGCCGACUCCAUGACGAAAUCGAAAGCGUCGCUCAAAAUCUCUUGGAAGUAAUCCAUUGGGCGAAGCGAAUUUAGGGGUUUCAAAGGCUUAUUUCAUCGAUUUUAGAGUCUAAUAUGUAAAAAAUACAUAUAAUUUUUCCUUCUCCUCAACGAAUUGUGUUUUUCUCCCUUAAGAGAUGGGGGCGCACAGCUCUCCCCGACGGCCUGGCCCCCUACUGGCGCCACCCCUGUAUUAUGUAUAUGAUCGUUGGCAACUGGUACAGAAAUCGCCCAUCCCACCGCCGGCCAAAACUUCAAGUGGUGACUCAGUAGCCUUGGUGCAUUUGCGACAUCUUUUUUUGUGAACCUUUGUGAAUAUCUGAAUGUUUAGGCAUAAUAUUAAUGAAUAUAAUACGGAUCUAUUACAAAGGUUUAAUUGUAAUUGUGAAUAGAGCAGUAUUGAUGAUUAUUGUUUGUUCGAGUGAAAGAAAUCUUCAAAGUUUGUUUUGGCCGACAGGUGGUAUCGAAAUCAGUAAAUAGUCAUCUAAUGAGAGAAUGUAAAGGGAAAACAGGAAACAGAUGACGAUGCGAGUGUGGAUGAUGUUAUGGUCAUUUUAAAUGACAGCGAUUAUGCCGGUGACGAUCACCAAUGAUUAUGCUAAUGAUAAUGCUAGAAUAUGGUAAUGAUAAAAAAAAAGAUAAAUAAAUUGUGCUUUACAACAAUAUUCUAGAACUGAAAUCCCAAUAUAAGUUAGGUUGGCAAAUUAAAUUAAGUAAAUGACCUUUUUCUAAGCUUCCCCUUCUCGACUAGUGCCACACUAACUGAUGAUAGGCCUAACGACGAUGAUGCUAAAGAUAUGUUAAUAAAUAUGACGUUAUUGACAAUAAUGAAUAUUCUAAUUACUAUGCUGCUAAUUACGGUGUUUGUUAUGGCAAUGAUGGUAAAUUUAUGAUUUUUUUAAUUACUGGAGGAAAAAACAUCAGAUUGUUUCAAAACCUGGAAGCCACUGUUAAUCAAUCGAUCCAUCUUCUAUGUAACACGGAGUGGUGAGACCUCAAGAACGAACGAAACCAAACUACAGAGUUUAUGAGAUUGUGAGUGUUUUCUGUAUUCUGUUUCACUGUAUUGAGCUUUGCUGAAACUGUGUUGGGGCGGGAAUCUUCGUACUUUACUGUACUAUAGGGUCAUAGUAGAUAAUUGUAAGGUCUAGUGCAGGGUAGUGGAUGAAAACGUGAGCAUUAUCUAGUAGAUUAUCUACAUUUGUAGGUAAAAUUCAUUAAAAUUAUAAGGUAUGUUAGUUAGAAAGAACAAGAUACAUAGUAACAUUAACUUAUACACAACUAAUACCAAGACGUACAAAGAUCGUAACUGUGGGUAAUGGCCAUUUUCCUUUAAAAAAAAUUAAAUAAGUUAUCUUUAAAUUUAAUGAGACACAUGUCUCAUUAAACAGACAUGAUGUUAUGAAAUUGCUUACCAGCCUAUUGAAACGUCUAUACAAAGGAAUUAUUAUUAGUUUCAUAAUGCGAUUGCUAAUUGGCGAGUUUUCGUGUUAAAUGAAUCUGUGCUUAACUUUAAUAUACAAAACAAGAAAUUCAAAAUAGUUGUUUGUUUUUCCAGGAUAUUUAUCUCAAAAAGAAAUAUUAACAAAUCGAAAUUUUCACUCAAUAUGAUUAGAGAAUAUGACGCCAAAAACACAAUAUAAAAAAAAAUUAAAGUCAGUCAAUAUGGUU